UCCUUUCCUCCUCUGCGUGACUCUUCCUCUGCUCCUGCUCACCUUCACCUACGCCCUCCUCCCUGCUUUGUUCUUAUCCUAUGUCUCUGGCCCUGUGCUAAGUGCUGGAGAUACAUGUAGAGGCAAAAAAGAAGAACCUCGCGUUCUAACCUUCGACGUCCAAGCAAAAGAAGAGCAAACAAAAAACGUUCAGCUUGGGUUCCAGCAAAUAUAUAUAAAGCGAAUUAUGAUCAGGAUAAAUAGGGAAUAGUUUACGGAGGGAAGGCACUAGAAUUAAGAAAAGUUGAAGAAGCAAACUAGGACUUCUUCAUCAAAGAGCUGAAGCAUGAAAUCAAUUUCAGCACCCUCCGAGGUCACAACUAAAAGGAAUUUAUGAUGAUGCACUGAAGAACUUCUUUAGAAAUGUGGAUACUAGAGGAACUGGUAUUUCCAAAGGAAGAAUUUGCUCACUAAAAGCACGAGCAGUCUUGAUUGACAUGGAAGAAGGAGUUGUGAAUGAAAUCCUUCAGGGACCAUUGAAAGAUGUAUUUGAUAGCAAGCAACUCAUCACAAAUGUUUCUGGCUCAGGGAAUAAUUGGGCUGUAGGUUACAAGGUUUUUGGCUCUCAGUACCGAGAUCAGAUUGUGGAGAAACUCAGACAGACAGCAGAGCACUGUGACUGUUUGCAGUGUUUCUUUUUAAUUCACUCCAUGGGAGGAGGGACAGGGUCUGGGCUUGGCACAUUUAUUUUAAAUGUGCUUGAGGAUGAAUUUCCAGAAGUAUACAGAUUUGUGACUUCAGUUUUUCCAUCUGGUGAGGAUGAUGUCAUUACUUCACCAUAUAAUAGUGUUUUGGCAAUGAAGGAACUUAAUGAGCAUGCAGACUGUGUGUUGCCCAUCGAAAAUGAAUCUCUAUUUGACAUCGUUAGUAAAAUUAACCAGAUGAUAAAUUCUGGCAAACCAGGAACAACUGUGAAGCAACAGAGUCUGGUAACUUUAAAUGAAGGUGGCAUUAAAAAAAAGCUGGAUGAAAAACCAUUUGAUAAAAUGAACAAUAUUGUAGCAAAUUUGCUGCUCAACUUAACAAGUUCUUCCAGAUUUGAAGGUUCCCUUAAUAUGGAUCUUAACGAAAUUAGUAUGAAUUUAGUUCCCUUUCCUCAACUUCAUUAUCUUGUUUCAAGCCUCACACCUUUGUAUACAUUGGCAGAUGUAAACAUUCCUCCUCGAAGGUUAGAUCAGAUGUUUUCAGACGCUUUUAGCAAAGACUACCAGCUCAUUCAAGCCGACCCGAAGCAUAGCCUCUACCUUGCUUGUGCCUUGUUAGUUCGAGGAAAUGUGCAGAUUUCAGAUAUUCGAAGAAAUAUUGAAAGAUUGAAAUCUUCUCUCCACUUUGUCUCAUGGAAUCAAGAAGGCUGGAAAACAAGCCUGUGUUCAGUACCACCCGUGGGCCAUUCUCACUCACUCUUGGCACUGGCAAACAACACCUGUGUAAAACCCACCUUCAUGGAGCUUAAAAAUAGAUUCCUGAGACUCUACAAGAAAAAGGCAUGUGUAUUUGACAUUACUUCUUUCAUGGAGAGAAAUCUGUCAGUGAGAUCAUUAUUGAAGUUCUUAAGCUUUCUUGUAUGCCAAGCAGCCCUCUGGGAGUCUCUGGCUCAUCUUCAUCACUACCUACAGGUAGAUAGAAUGGAAGACAGUUGUUUUACAGAAGCCGUAUCAUCUUUGUCAUCUCUCAUAGAGAAAUAUAAUGAAUUAGAUGUCACCAAAGGCUUGCCUAUACAUGAACAAGUUAGACUAAAUAUAGUUAUAUAAAAACACAUCACAAAUCUACAAUUUCAGUUUUUACUUACAAAUGUUUUAGUUUACUGAUGGUUGACUUUUUAGUUUGUUUUUUAAUCACUCAGAAAAUCUUGCUUGAUUUUAUCACUCAAGAAAUCUUCAAUGAUUUUCUUCAGAGUAGCAGAUAGCCUUAAUGUCUUAGAGAAAGGUUUCCUUUAAAAUAGUUUGAUGGAAGUAUAAUAUACCACAUUUGGAAUCAAUGCUGCCUUUGAAUUAUAUCUACAACCAUUUGCCUUAUAAGAGCCAUAUUUUUUUAAGAUUUAUGAGAAGUAUAAAGUCUAAUUGCCUUUUUAUAACCUGGUGUUUGGGAAUUUGUACACUAAUAAAAAGCCUGAUGGGGGCAUAUUUUUUGUAUAGGUAAUAUUCAUAUUUAUUUUGAAAUACUAUCUAGGUACUUAAAUUGUUUUUUAAAACUGAUCUGAUUCUCUGAAAAUUGUUUAAUAAAAAUAUAAAAAGAUGUUGAUUUUAUCACAGAUAUUGGAAAUGAGGCCAGCUUUUGAUUUUUCACUCAGAAUAAUUCAAAAUUAUUUGAAAAUAUAUUAUUUUAUAAUACAACCAUAUUGAUUUCAUGUGCCUUAUUUAUAAACAGUUCUAUUUUUAGAAUUAUUUUGCACAAUAAAGUCUACAAAGAAUACAGAACUUUUAUGAGCUCAGUAUCUUCAGAACAGUGUGGUAUGCUAGAGCUAUAAUAGCUCAGUGAAAUAAAUAUUGCAAAAUUGUUACACUUUGAAA